AUGCAUGGUCCAGCAAAUGGUUCUCUCUAUGCUAUAUACUACAUACUUCUCGCUGUCAUUGGUAUGCCAGCCAACCUCAUAGCAAUCAUAAUUCUAUCCCGAGGGCGGUGUGGACUCUCCCGGUGUAUCACUUUCUAUUUGGUGGCCAUAGCGGUGGCUGAUUUCCUUGUCAUCGCCACAGGUUGCUUACUCAACCGGAUCCCCAGAAUCUACUUCAGGUACAGUGUACUGUCUACAACCCCGGCGUGCAGCCUGAGUGCCGUGCUCGUCUAUGUCACACGGGAUGGCUCCGUUUGGUUGACAGUGGCUUUUACCAUCGACCGUUUUGUGGCCAUCUGCUCCCACAGCCUGAAAACAAGAUACUGCACUGACAAAACCGCUUUGCAAGUCAUGGGAAUUAUCUGUGCACUAAGCCUCAUAAAGAAUAUUCCUUAUUACUUCAUAUACCAGCCUUUAUACGUUCUGGACGAGGUUCCCUGGUUCUGUGACAUUAAAUCUAUCUACUAUUCCUCGCCCGCCUGGCAGGCCUACGAUUGGUUGGACCGGAUAUUAACUCCUUUUUCACCCUUUGUACUCAUUCUACUACUCAACGCCUUGACGGUAAGACACAUCCUUGCAGCCAGCCAAGCCCGCAAGAGACUCCAACGAACUCAGCAGGGUGAAGACCAAGAAAUAGCCAACCGAAAGAAGUCCAUUGUCCUGCUUUUCGCCAUCUCUCUCAGCUUUCUUCUUCUUUGGAUCACGUAUGUCAUUUAUUUUCUAUAUGUGCGAAUUAAAGGUGAUGCCUAUUUCAACAGUUUGAAUUUUAAUGACCCUCAAUACAUCCUUCAAGAGACUACGAAAGUGCUCCAAUUACUAAGUUCUUGUAACAACGUUUUCAUUUACGCUGUGUCUCAGUCCAAGUUCAGAGAGCAGAUGAAGAAUGCGCUAAUGUGUCCCUUCACCAUUGCAAGUCGUUUCUUUAAUACAUAA